AAAAGCUUCUGUGGAAUGCAUGGAAUUCGCAGUUCAAACCGCAAAAUGUGGAGGAUAGGUAGUGCUCCUCUGAUCGCCAGCUUCUUGCUGCUAACCAGCCUGACUCUUGCCGCUGCCAGUCCACUGUGGGGCUUGGACCAAUUUGGAGCCUAUCUCAGUGGAAUCUUUCGGUCCGUUGUGGGUCCCCUUUUUGGCUUUGGCUCCGCCACAAACAUCACAUCCUCCUAAGUAGUCUAGUUCCUGCAUCUGCUUACCGUACCAAACCAAAGGGAACCG